CAAGAUAGAAGCUAGAGGAGGGAAAGACAGGAGGCUGCACAAGUUGCUCCCUGGGUAUCCCAGCCUCCCAGCCUAGGCUCCUCACCUCUGCCCUUGGGCUUAGAUAAAGACUCUUGGAUUGAGGGUAACCUUUACUCUCUUGGCGCUGGUACUGAUUAAGUUGGUUGAGGCAUUCAUUCAGGAAAGCAAAGUCCAGGUGGGGACCAGCUAGGGAUAGAUGGAGUUUGUUCUCGUGGAUUGCUGGGUACCAAUAGGAAGGCAAAGGGAGUAUGCACCUCUCUUCCUUGGUAGUAUCCUCUUUAGAUGGGGGUGGUUUGUUUUGUUUUGUUUGAGACGAGGUCUUGAGCAGCCAGACUGAGCUCAAACUCUCUGUGAAGCUAAGGCUGGCCUUGAACUGCUGAUCCCUCUGACUCCACCUCCCAACUGCUAGGGUUACAAGACUGCACCAUCAUGCUGGCCACUCCUCCUCCUCUAGUUUCUGUCGCUUUGUUUUUAAAACAUUAGUUAAAAUAUGCCCUGGGUGCCUACAUUCUUGCGAACCCAGUUAGAGGUUUUUCCAGCUCUUAACCAUCAGUGUGCAGCAGGGAUACAGGGGUGAGUAAGCAGGAUCCGCCCACUCCUCCCCUCUAAGUCGGCGUCAUCGCCCCUUCCCCUCCCAUCUCCAGCCACCCAGUGCAGCAGCCCCACUCUUGCCUGGUUCCGGCCUUGGGGAAGCUCCGCUGAGAGGACCCUGCACUCUGCUGCCCACUAGGCUCCUGGCACCUUCCCUAGGAAGUGUCAGCAUCCACUCGGAUCCUUGCUGGGCAGCGCCCCUGGGACAGGAGGACACAGCAAGCUUCUCAGCAAAAUGAACAGUGGAAGACCCUUGGAACAAGGAGGCGGGAUGAAGUGAAAAUCUGGGGCUUGCUUUAAAGGACCAGUCAGGGGGCAAAAUAGAAGAACUAGGUGGAAAAUAUGUUACUUUGGCUGAUAAUUUUCGUCUCUGGAUGGACCCUGUCUUUGGGAUCUGAAACGGAACCAGAUUUUACGUGGCACCUGAGCCGAAUACCUCAGGUUGUGAGUGAGAAGACGAUCCACCUUGCCAGCCCCACGUUCCAGGCAGACGCUGCGGCGGUCAAGGCCACGGUGUGUGGCAUCGAAUGUCAGGAAGAGCUCCCGGCUCCCAGCCUCUCCCAGCUGGAAGAUUUCCUUUCCUACGAGACGGUCUUCGAGAAUGGCACUCGAACCUUAACCAGGGUCAAAGUUCAAGGUCUGGUCUUGGAACCCACUCAGAACAGCAGCAUAAAAGGAGCACGCCCUAGGAGAAGAAGGCAGGUGUACGGUACCGACAGCAGGUUCAGCAUCUUAGACAAAAGGUUCUUGACCAAUUUCCCUUUUAAUACAGCGGUGAAGCUGUCCACCGGCUGCAGCGGCGCCCUCGUUUCCCCCAACCACGUGCUCACGGCUGCCCACUGUGUCCACGACGGGAAGGACUAUGUCAAAGGUAGUAAAAAGCUGAGGGUGGGAGUGCUGAAGAUGAGAAAUAAAGGAGGCCGCAAGAAACGCAGAGGUUCCAGGAGGAGCCGGCGAGAAGCAGAGAGUGGUGGCCAAAGUCCGGAGCAUCCUCAGGAGAGCACCACCCAAAGACCAGGGAAAAAAUCCAGGCGGGGUCCUAGAGUCGCCCAAGGAAGGCCUUCCUUCCAAUGGACCCGCGUCAAGAGCACCCACAUUCCCAAAGGCUGGGCAAGGGGAGAGAAUGGGGACCCGGCCUUGGACUUCGACUAUGCACUCCUGGAGCUGAAGCGCGCACAAAAGCAGCAGCACAUGGAGCUGGGAGUCAGCCCCACCAUCUCCAAGCUGCCGGGAGGUCGGAUCCACUUCUCUGGAUUUGAUAACGACAGGGAUGAUCAGUUGGUGUAUCGGUUUUGCAGCGUUUCCGAGGAAUCCAAUGACCUCCUGUAUCAGUACUGCGACGCUGAGGCAGGCUCCACCGGCUCUGGGAUCUACCUGAGGCUCAAAGAGCCAGGCCAAAAGAAUUGGAAGCGCAAGAUCAUCGCGGUCUACUCGGGCCACCAGUGGGUGGAUGUGCACGGAGUUCAGAAGGACUAUAACGUGGCUGUGCGUAUCACUCCGCUCAAGUACGCCCAGAUUUGCCUCUGGAUCCACGGAAACGCUGCCAACUGUGCUUAUGGCUGAGGGAAAACUGAAGCGAGGUCAUGCACAUCUUGAAUCCCAGAGAAAGCCAGCUCUCAUUGUGAGACUACUCACAGGCUAGGCCCAGACUUGAACUAUCAGUGGUUUUUACGGCUUUUUUUUUUUUUACAGACUUCUUUUAUCAAAAUUAGGUUACUUUCGCACAGUUAAAAAUGUUUAGUUACAGAUUCUGAAACUAUAUGGCACUUCAGCGACAAGUAUAUACUCUUUAUGCGAUGGUAAGUUUCGUUUUAGGGAAAACCAUUUGUUUGUUUACUUGGGCCUUUUAGGAUUCCAGACUCUCCUUAAAACAUCAGACCAGAACUGUAAUGUGACUUCUCAAUGGACUAGCUCUUGAGUCCUACUCUAGGAAGAACCUAGGAGAUGUGUUUGACCUUUAUGGAAAAUAUGAAGGUUUACAGUAAGUAACACAAUUAGAAUCAAGGGAGGCAAGGAAGUUUAGUUUGCGAUGUGAUGUGACUUAGCUAUUCCACUCUUGCCCUCAGUGUUUAUAUGUGUCUUCUCUUGGAACUGAGAAAUUUAUUUCAGGAACUACAGAUCAAAACAUAUAAAAAUUACCAAUCAAAAUAUACUAGUGAGCUGCAUAAACAACACUAUUGACUAUGGCUUAAAGAAAAAAAAAACCUGCAUCAGCCAUGUCCAUCUAAAAUUUGGAGAAACACUUUGUCCUAUGUCAUGAACCAAGUUUACAGACAUUGAAGGCCGAGGCACUUUAAGAUCUCAUGUUUUACGAAUUUUUCAAGAAAUACAGAGAAGCCAUUUCACAAGCUACCAUCCUCUGGUGAGAGCCACACCCUUUUGUGUUAUACUUUCUACUGUGUGUGAGGUGCUAUAUUUUUUGAGUGAGGUAUUCUGAAGUCUUGUUCAAGAGAGAAACCACCUACCCCCAACCCUGAGAUACCAAAGAAGGUUCUGAGGCUUCUCAUAAGGGACCAAGGUGGCAUCCUCGCUCUGUCUCCCAAGGGGCAUUAAACAGUUAUUGUGUACCACCCCUGAGCAAAAUGCAGGGCAGGCAUUCAGGACACACCUCAUGGACAUACACGGCUGUGGUGAACGGCUACAAACACGGGCUAAGUCAGGGCAUUAUGCAUAAAUAGUUUUGAUGAUAUAAUUGAGUACAUACUAAGAUUUAAGUAACCAAGGGCCCAAUCUUUAGUCUACUCUUCUAAGGCCACAUAUUUUCUCUCACUCAAUCCAUUGGCAGGGCGAAACCUUUUUCUGUUAGGCGUGUCCUAAUAAAGACUACAAAUUAAGAAAUAAUGUUGUUUCCUAUUUUUGUUUUCUGUUAUAGUCUUUUUUUUUCUUUUUCUUUUGGAGCUGGGGACUGAACCCAGGGCCUUGCGCUUGCUAGGCAAGCGCUCUACCACUGAGCUAAAUCCCCAACCCCUUUCUGUUAUAGUCUUGAUCAGUAUGCAAAGGCGUAUCUUCAUUUGGGUUAACGUAAAUGGUGCUCAAAAUAUGUGGCAUUCUUUUAUAAUGUGGGCUGUUAAAAAUAAUUCAAUAAAAUUAAAGGAUAAAUAUA